CAAAUUCACUCUGUGAAGACAAGUGAAGAUGGCGGACGUACUGAGUGUUCUUCGUCAGUACAAUAUCCAGAAAAAAGAAAUCGUCGCAAAGGGAGAUGAAGUUAUAUUUGGAGAGUUUUCUUGGCCGAAAAAUGUCAAAACCAACUACGUUAUUUGGGGAACGGGGAAGGAGGGCCAACCCAAGGAAUACUAUACUUUGGAUUCCAUUCUGUUCCUGCUUAACAAUGUGCACCUUCCUCAUCCAUCUUACGUGCGAAGGGCUGCAACAGAAAACAUUCCUGUUGUAACAAGACCUGACCGAAAGGAUUUGCUGUCUUAUCUCAAUGGGGAAAGUUCCACCUCAGCAAGUAUUGACAGAAGUGCACCAAUCGAAAUUGGAUUACAGAGACCGACACAAGUUAAGAGAGCAGCAGAUGAAGUCUCUUCAGAAGCAAAGAAACCAAGGGUAGAGGAUGAAGAACGGGUGCGUUUGGAUAAGGAGCGUUUAGCCGCCCGCCUCGAGGGACACAAGGAAGGCAUCGUGCAGACCGAUCAGAUCAGGUCCCUGUCGGACACGAUGUCGGUGGAAAAAAUUGCCGCCAUCAAGGCAAAGAUUAUGGCGAAGAAACGGUCAACGAUCAAGACCGACUUUGACGACGACAUCGCCCAGCAGAGGAGCUUUGUCGACGCAGAGGUGGAUGUCACCAGGGACAUCGUCAGCAGGGAGAGAGUAUGGAGGACGAGGACCACGAUUCUACAGAGCAGCGGAAAGAACUUCUCCAAGAACAUAUUUGCGAUUCUGCAGUCCGUGAAAGCCAGGGAGGAGGGUAGGGCCCCUGAGCAGCGGCCGGCCCCCAACACCACCCAGGUGGACCCAUCAGAAAGAAACAAGCCGCCGGUACCAGCUGCUUACAACAGAUACGACCAGGAGCGGUUUAAAGGGAAAGAAGAAACCGAGGGCUUCAAGAUCGACACUAUGGGCACCUACCAUGGCAUGACUCUGAAGUCUGUGACGGAAGGAGCUUCUGCCCGCAAGGCUCAGACACCAGCAAUGCAACCAGUGCCCAGACCAGUGUCACAAGCCAGACCACCGCCUAACCAAAAGAAGGGGUCUCGAACUCCUAUCAUCAUCAUACCCGCCGCCACGACAUCGCUGAUCACCAUGCUUAACGCCAAGGAUCUUUUGCAAGAUCUGAAGUUCGUGACGUCUGACGAUAAGAAGAAACAGGGCAUUCAGCGAGACAACGAGGUCCUGCUUCAGAGGCGGAAGGAUCAGAUUCAGCCUGGAGGGACAACGAUCAGCGUGACCGUACCCUACAGGGUCAUCGACCAGCCUCUUAAACUGGCCCCACAGGACUGGGAUCGCGUGGUGGCUGUUUUCGUUCAGGGCCCUGCCUGGCAGUUCAAGGGCUGGCCGUGGUUACUGGCUGACGGGUCCCCUGUUGACAUUUUCUCUAAAAUUAGAGCCUUCCAUCUGAAAUACGACGAACAGAAAAUGGACCCAAACGUACAGAAGUGGGACGUCACUGUGCUGGAGCUGAGCCACCACAAGAGGCACUUAGACCGGCCCGUGUUCCUGCGGUUCUGGGAGACGCUCGACAGGUAUAUGGUGAAACACAAAUCCCACCUGAGAUUCUGAGCGCGGGCCCUCCUCUGGCAUUCGGCGACGUGAAGAACAAGAGGAGUGUUGUUCUUUUCGAUUUUGGUGGUUGGGGGACGGG